AUGACAGAUCCGAAAGCGGCAGUGUUGAUGCCACUGGAUGAUUUGCUGCUGCCAGACGACGUCGGCCAGAAGCUUAGGAUCGUAGGCUUUCUCAUUGCCUUUGACACGGCCGUCUCGAUCGGAGUCGUCGCGUAUGGUGGGACCAGUCUGCUGGUCAACUUCAGCUUGUGCUUGAACGAAGCAGACAGGCCCCGUCUCAAGUCCCUACUCAUGCUGAUCGGCGAGCUGGAGCCAGCGGAUGUCCACCCUCAAGGCAGCGUCGAGCUGUAUUCAGCCACGCCUGAAGCCAUUCCUCCCAUUCCCGCUCCAAGCCGCAGCGCUGUGCUCAACGCCAUUCUCAUGAAGGAAGUGGACGACAUGGACAUGCGAGCGUGGGAACAAUCGGCUCGGCUCCAGUCCAAGCAUUUGAUGGAUCGGCAUAAUGCCCGAAUGGUCAGCAAAGGAUGA